UUGCAAUGAAGAUUUUGUCGUUGGGUUGUUCAUCUGUCAAGUGAUGUCCGCCAUUGAUCGAAUAUUAUCAUCUUUUUGGUCAGCAAAAUUGCAUUAAAUUUAAGCAUAUUAAGCAUUAAAAUUUGUAAAUUCUAACUUUUGCAUAAUGUACGAAACUUGUUUUGCAACAUAGUGGUUGUGUGCAGAGAGUGCGGCGACAUACUCUCACCAUGGAUUUGUGCUUUUUAGUCUCCAUGUUUUUCCGGAGUACUCAAAACUCUGGGCCAAUUUGGAAUAAUCUUCUCCCUGGCCCCCAAAAUGUGUUUUAAGUGCCACAAGGCAUGUGGGAGUGAUUUCUCUGUGUUGUGUGUACACUUUUGAAGAACAAUAAUAAAUUUUAAAAAGUGUGGGGUGUCACUUCCCGCGCCCUACGAACCCACAGUGCUAGUGCUGCAGAGUGAUCCGAGUCCAAGAGGAAGUUUCUGGUGGUGUUGCGCGAUUGAACUUGUGUGCCUAAACGUGAAGAGGGCCCCCCAGGAUGGGUGUUGUGAAUUGCUAUUCAUGUAGUAUUCAUUGGAGCUGAUAGAGAAGACCCAUCCUGUGCUGACUCGCCAACAAUGAGCGUGAGCCAACACAGCGGUCCGGGGCCCCCAUUCAAAAGGGGCCUCUCCGAUCGAUCAGUGACUGGAUCAUCAUGCCGUGCCCUUAAGACUGCCGUCUCGGCGCUCUACUCCGUCGAUGACUUUAUCAAGGAGAAGAUUGGAAGUGGAUUUUUCUCUGAAGUUUACAAGGUUACACAUCGAACAACUGGCCAAGUAAUGGUACUGAAAAUGAAUCAAUUGAGAUCUAAUCGACCAAAUAUGCUACGUGAAGUACAACUGCUCAAUAAAUUAUCCCAUCCAAAUAUUUUAAGCUUUAUGGGCGUUUGUGUACAAGAAGGACAACUUCAUGCCCUAACGGAGUACAUCAAUGGUGGUUCCUUGGAGCAGUUGAUUCAAUCGCAAGGUGACAAUUUAUCACCCUGUGUGAAGAUAAAACUUGCAUUGGGUAUUUCCAGAGGAAUGCAAUAUGUCCAUGAUGCUGGCAUUUUUCAUCGGGAUUUAACAAGCAAAAAUGUCCUGAUACGGAGGUCGCCAGAUGGACAAUUAGAUGCAGUUGUGGGUGACUUUGGGCUUGCUGCGAAAAUUCCAAGAAAAAAGUGUGGUAAAAACCGACUGGAUACAGUCGGUUCGCCGUAUUGGAUGAGUCCAGAAUGUCUCAAUGGGCUGUGGUAUGAUCAGACAAGCGAUGUAUUCUCAUACGGAAUAAUUUUAUGUGAACUGAUUGCAAGUAUUGAAGCUGAUCCAGAUGUUUUGCCGAGAACAGAUUCUUUUGGAUUGGACUAUUUAGCAUUUGUGGAUUUAUGUCCGGCCGAUACUCCACCUGCAUUUUUAAGACUGGCAUUCUAUUGUUGCACCUAUGAUCCAAAGAGUCGGCCGACAUUUAUGGAAAUUGUUAAGAAGAUGACUAUAUUAUUGGACAAAGUAACUGACGAAGAUAGUAUUCUGCAUAUUGUAACGUCUCCAUUGAGUGGAGUAACGGCAGAAGAUAAGGGUGGUUCCAAUGGGAUUGCAUCAUCAAAUGGCAUUGAAGGUGGCAAGGGUGGUGCUAAUUCACUGGAUGCCCAACUCCAUUCGCGCACAACUGAUGCGAAUGAGGAGGAAGAGGGCCUUGUGCGUAUGCGGAAUAAGAGUGAAUUGAAAGAUCACGCUGCCCUCCAGCAUCGACGAUCGAUGUCGGAGAAUGUGAUUGUUUUCCCGCAGCACACAACACCGAGUGACAAAGCCCGGUGUCAUAUGCUUAAUAGGCAGAUAAGAGAACCCGACUCACCUACACCCGAUUCACCGACAUAUUCAAAUGUAACACUACGUAAGGUGGCUGAGACAAUGUUCCUCAAAGAUCCACAGUAUAAACCACGUGUUGGUGAAAAUACCAAAUUGAAUCCAUUCACAGCCCUUGCGCAAUUGCGUGGCGUGAAGAAGAUUCUCGGUGCUAAUCCUAGUUCGUACACGGCGGGUGUGGGUGAUCUGUUUAGUUCGUGCUUUGAGAUGUCAUCGCCAUUGGUGAAGGAAGAGUGGACACCAUUCGAUAAGAAUUGCCCUAAUGGGGAGAUAACUCCAAAGAGUCUUCCAAAUUCACCCAUAAGUGGACGAAAGGAGUACAAUUGCAGCAAUAAAUUGGAUCGAAUUGCCACAGCGGAUGGUGGUAAUUCGAAGACAACACGAAAGAAGCAAGAUGGCGAAGAAAAUAAGAAGGUGGUGCUUGAAUUGGAUUUGCCAAAAUGUACAGGGACAAUCAAAAAGUUCAAAGCUAAUUCCCUCUUCAGCCAUCCACUCUUCAAGAGUGGGCAGAACGAUAGAGAAGAUCAAACGGGUAAUGCAAGUCAAAAUGAGCCUUCCAAUGAGUGUGCCAAGGAGAUGAUUGAGAAGAGCAAGUCUGACUCAAGUGAGACAGUUUGCUAUGAGAACAGCAAAGUACUAAAUCGUCGUGGUUCCACGGAGAGUGGAUUCUUUUCGUGUCUCAAUGAGGAUUUUUGCGGUGGAGCAUCAUCAGCUUCGUACAAGGCAUCAUGUUGUUGCUUCGAUGGCAUAAAUGUGGAGCAAACGGAUCGUAUACCGUUGUGCCCAUGUUGCUUCUACGGUGCACCGUAUCAGACACCAAAGAAAGAUGAUAUGGAAUUGUCAAAUCCAACCCUAAGUGACACUAAUGGUAUACUAAGGAUAGAGGAUACAUCAACACCCGUGAGUUCCCUCAGGAGUCUCGAUGAUUUGGAGUUGUCGGAUUCACGUAAGCAACGUUUCUACUGUCGACAUCACAUGAUUGGGAACAAUGUUGAUAUUGAUACGCGAUCCAUUGAUAUGGGAUUCAUCAAUAGAUUGGCACUUGACUCCGAAAUCAAUAGUCUUAUACAGAAAAGUCAAUUUGCUAAUCAGCUGCUCUAUUGUAAAAAUCGCACCUCGUCAAUCUACACGGAUAGCUCAGAUGAUAUCAGCAGCUUAGCUGGGUCCGAUUCACUUCUUUGGGAUGAUCGAUCGUACACAUCAAUCCCCAAUACGAGAUCAGCGCAAAUAGCAAAAAUUGUUGAAUAUUUCGAGCGCAAGGGGCAAGCAUUUAAACAAUUUAGUGUACCUGAAUCACUCAAAACUACACCGUCCAUGCAAUUCACACAGGCACAGCAACCAGCGCGUUUUGCAACUGAAAGUGCCACGAGUUCACUAACAGGGUGUUUCUCCGAUAUACGGCGUGAUUAUGGCCUAGAAAGGUGCUACGUUGACUACAACAGCCGAAAUGCUGACUACGAAGCAUUCUGCAUGGAAUUGGAAAAGAAGCCAACGCAACAGCGGCUAACUGUGUGCGAAGGUGCUGUACGAUCGAAACUACAAUUAUUUGACAAAGUAAAGCACAAUGCGUCAAUUUCGGGGACAGGAAAUGGGAAUUCGGGUGGUGGCCAAACAGAUUAGAGAAAAAAGGGAUUAGAUUGUUUUUCUUUAAAUAGUAGAAAUUGUAUUAGUUUGGUCGCUUAAUUCUUUUUUUUUUUUUCAUUUAAAAUGUAUUACCGUUCACCCGUUAACAUAGAAGUAUACACAUCGUCAAGUAUGAGAGAGAGAGAGAGAAUAGUUUACCUUUCUUAGAAGAAGAUAAUGUAAUCAAUGGGUCUUGUGCAAAACUUGAUGAUAUAAAUACUUGAUAAAGUCACUCAUAGGAUUUAUAUAACUUUUAAUUGUUUUUGUACAUUGAAUUAAAUCUUCAUUUUUUUCAUAUUCCAACAUUAAUUGAAAAGUUCCUUUUUUGUCUUUAAAGAAAAAAAUUAUUUAAUAAUUUGAAUUAAAUCUUUUAUAAAUAGAAUUUCACAGAGAAAUAUUUUUGAAAAUAAAAAUUGAAAUAUUCGUAUUAUAAUUGUGUAAUUAACAAAUAAAAUUAUUAAAAUGUUUUUAUAGCUCUUCAUGAUAUCUAAAGAUUAUUAUCAAAUUAUUUCUUUGUGCUCGGGUAUUUCAUUUGAUUGCUAUCCAUUCAAUGAAAGAUUUACGUGAAGUUUCUGUCGUACAAGAAGGUGGAUGUUCACUUUUAGAUAAAAAAAAACUAACGUCCUCCAAAAAGCUAUUCUUUUUACUAUUUUUUUUUUAUUGAAAAAUGUUUUUUUUUUAACCGAGUGAAAGAAGUAAAAAGAAAAGGUUUGUUAUACUGAUUAAAUUAUUUUAUGCUAAGAGCAUUAACUUGAUAAUAAUAUUCAAAAUAAUUAAGAUCCUGUGAGUGAGAAAAUUGAAAUGAUUUGAAAUACAUAACUUUAAAUAAUAUUCGUUUUUGAGACCCAUUUUUUAUUUCAAGUUACACAGAGAUUUAAGGAAGCAUAUUUUUGGAAAAAAAAAUUGAAAAUUAAUAUAAAGGGCUUAUCAGACUAAAGUUCCAAGUGCUUGAAACUUUCUAUGCAACGUGCUAUUUUCUUUCAUUCUUUUCCAUGUAAAAUGUGGAACCUAAAUUGUUCAGUUUAGACCUUUUCAAGUGUUUUAAGAUCGUAAUCUAGGUCUUAUCUUACUACAACUUCAAGCACUUGAUGCUUAACAUUGUACAUGGGAAAGAAUAAGAGAAAACAGCGUAUUCUUUCACUCGUAUUCACGAAAACUAAGGUAUGAUAACUCCUUAAGACCCUCUUCAGACGUUAGGCUUAAGUCAUGAUUUUUAUGUUCUCUUUUUCAUGAAGAAUCAUUGAUGUAAAAUGAAACUUAAGUCUAAAGUCGGAAGAGGCUACAAUUAAAGGUAUAAUAGUGUCAAAAAAUAUUAUUUUUUCAUUAGAAUGACAUUUUUUCUCAGUAAAAGAAAAGGAAAAUUAGGACGAAAUCUUUGUCAGGCGUAAAAGUAUUUUUUUUUCUUCAGUUAAAAUUGUAAACCUUCUAGUCAUUUAUAUAUUUUAUUUUUAUGAUGUUGUUUUUAACUAAAAGAGACCUGAAUGUCAUAUAAUGGAGCAUAAAAAAGUAUUUUCGAUUCGAUGAUAAAAAACAAAGACAAAGGAACUAAGAAUUUGGACGAAACAAAGCUUGAUAAAAAUGGGUCAAGAAGAUAACUAAAAAAUCAAGAUGAAAAAAAAACUAAUGGUAUUACAAACUUAGAAAAAAUGUAUUUUUUCUAAUUUUUAUUGAGAAUUCUUUUUUCUUUUUAAUUUGUACUAAUAUAUGAAUACGAAUUUUUUAUAUUGUGCAAGUAGAAAAUUCUUGAGAAAAAAAAGUCAAAAACGUCCAUUUUAUUCAACAUUUUUGCUCUAAUAGAGAGAGAAGGAAAAAAAAACCAAAAAGCUAAUACUUUGCAAUAUUACAAAUAUUUCAUAUAAAUUAUGUUUUCGUAUAUCGAAAAUAAAAACUUUAAGUAGAUAUACAUUAUGAAUAUAGUAUGAAAAUAUAAAAAAAUGAGAGAUUUGGAAUUAAAGUAGAUUUCUUUUGCAGUAUCAUCUAUCAAAACCUGAAUGUAUCCUAUAUAAUCUUAAUUUUAUUGUUAUUUUAGUUGUUAUUUUAUUUAGGCAUUAGAAGCAGUCAUGUAACUAUAUAGGAAAGCUGGUAGACACUUUUUAAGCGUUUUUUUUCAUUCUUUUUACAUUAAACAAUUAAGUAUGUUUGUGCAUAGAGUUUCAGUUAUUGCUCACAGAGUUAGAGAAAAAAAAAGAAAACAAUCAAACCAUGGCACAAGUUAUUCUUUUCACGUAAUUUUGCGGAAGAUUUACCUACCUACCCCCAAUUUGUCCCACUUGUACCUCAUAUGUGAGGUAUUAUGAGCAGCGAUAUUACAUAAAUUACGAGAUAAACGAACGCAUUGAGAGUUUACCAACUGUUUCUGUUUUUUUUAAACACAUUAUUAGUCCGUAGGAUCACAUUAAACAAUAAUUAAAUAUAAAAGAAAAUAUCUUAAAUGAAAUAGAAUUAAAAAAAAACUUAGAUGAAAAGUAAUUUGUUAGAGGAUAGAAAACAUUGUAAUAAAAAAAAAUAAGUGUAAGAAAGUAAUUAGAUUAGGUAACAUAUCUUCCAUUUUUUAAUAACAAACAAACAACAACAAAAAAUACUGUUCAAUGAGACAUUUGUAUCAUCUAAUUGUCAAUUAUUACGAAGGCAAAAAAAAAAUGUAACUAACUAAUUUUUUAUACAGUUAGUAAUCGUACAGCGGAAAGGGAAGCGUUUAAGUUAAAAAUUUCCAUUUCUAUUAAAUCAUUUCUUUUCAAACAUUUAUUACUCUUCGAUACUUUUUUUUCCAAUUGUUUCAUUGCACUGAUAUUCAUCAAUUUUCUUUUUUUAAUUUGGAAUAAAGAAACAUAAUAAAAAUGCAUAAUAACAGGGCCAUGUACCUAUGUGUCUAUAUAUGUAGUAUAUAUCCCAACCUAUAUCAAAUUCAUACACUAUCUAUAUCUAUAAAAGGAAUUUGACAGUUAUCUAUUUAAAUUAACCUUGCAUCAGAGCUUCAACUCCCUUAAUCUGAUAAACGAGCUAGUAGCCAAUGAAAACACUUUUUCCGAAUAUAUCAGCCAAUCAGGGCUCUUCUUUGAAUUUCGGAUUUUUCUUCUUAUUUCUUAAUACUUCAUUUUCAAACUAUUAUGCAUAUUCUGUCCGAAGGUGGAGCUUCAGUGUUAGGUUAAUUUUAAUUAGAAUUGAGAAUAUUUCUUAUUUUUCUUUUAUUUCUCCGGAUUUUCUUCACUAUCUAUCCCAAAAUGUAUCGUCUUUGAUACAAAACAGGCCUACAUGUAAAUAUCCAAAGUUAGUCGCAUUUUUGCUUAAAUAAUUCAUCGGAGAAACUUAUACAUAAUAUAAUUUAAAAUGUACAUAACACAGAUUAUUUAUUUAGAUAAUAAAACGUAAGUUAAUCCAUUAGAAAUCCAUGUUUAGGGGAAUCAUCAGAAACAUUAAGCAUCUUUAUAAUGAAUUUAGUAAAUUACAAAAAUAUUUAAAGAAAAUAUUAUCAAGAUCAGAGGUUCCUCAAAAUUAGAAAAAUUUUAAAGAAAAAAUAUUCAAUCAGGCCAUCCUGUGGUAAUUUUCCAAAUUAUUUAAUAUAAAUUACUUGAUGAAUGUAAAUUUUUAAAUUAUACGAAAUCCAUUUUCCGCAAUUUUGGAAAGAAAAUAUCAUAAAUUCAUUACUUAUGUUAAUGGUAUAAAUUACACGAAAAUAAAACGUAAAAACGUGUAUUUAUGACGCCGGGUGUUUGUUCUAAGGGCAUGUUUGCAAUAUUAAUUCAACUAUCUAAUAUUUGAUUAUUUUAAUUUCAACAAUUUCAUAAACUUUUCAGUAAAUUCGUACGUUUUUUUUCCUUUUUCAUUCAAUCACUUUCCUUAAGCAACAACAUAAUUUAAUUGGCAUACAAAUUAUAGUUCAUAAAUUCAAAAUUCUAUAAGAAUUAUUUAUGUUCAAAAUUACCUGCAAAGCAUAAAAAGUUUAUGCUAAAAAAAACUUCAAGUCAGUUAUAUUCUUUUCAAAAGGUAAAUCCUUGUGCCCUAAACUGGAAAAAUAAAACGCCGAGAAAGGAACUAAAAGAAAAAUAUAUAAAUGAGAAGGAAGAUAAAUAAUAUAUAUUAAAAUACACUUAAUAUAUAACCAACAUUUAUUAAUGAAUUUUGUGUUCAAUAAGUGGUUGAAACACAAUGGAAUUGCCAAAACCAAAUUAUUUUUUCUAUGUAUGUAAAAUAUUAAAGAGAAAUUUCAAAAGAAAAUGUUUACCUGUAUAUUUUUUGAGAGAGAAAAAAGAGAGAGAAGUUGCUCUAAUUAACAAUCAAAUUUUUCUAUACAUAAAAAUGCAAUAUUAAAGAAAAGAAAAAUAUGUAUUUAUUUGCCACAUUCUUCCAUGCCAAAAUUCAGAGAGAGAGAGAGAGAGAGAGAAAGAUGUGAAAAGGAAAUAUUUUUUCAUUAGAUCAAAUAACAUUGAGUAUCGAGAGAUGAAAAAUAAAAAGAAAUAUACAGUACAUAGAAAUUUUACAUUAUUUAGCUCUUAGAGUAUUAAAUGAAAUUAUUUAACUUUCCAUUAUAAAAAUUGUUACUUCGUAAUGUACAUAAAUAAUUAUAUAUACAUAAAUUAUGAUAUAAGAGACAAAUUAAAAAUAUUCGAUUCAA